UUUUUAAAGGCUUAUAUAUAAUGGAAGCAUCUACAAUGGAAUUACUUCCACCUCCCACUAUAUUAUUUAAUGUAUCAUCAGCGCCUUCAGUUAUUUGUGAGGAUAUGAAUGCUUAUUUAUGGAACACUCGUCGGGAUUUGACUACACGGCCUUUCGUUAUGGCUGUAUUUGCUUCUUUAUAUUCAUCAAUCAUUUUACUGGGUAUUAUCGGAAACUCUUGCGUGAUUAUGGCUAUUGCCAGAAUUAAAUCACUUCAAACUGUGCCUAAUAUGUUUAUUUUCUCGUUGAGUUGUUCAGAUAUACUUGUUUGCUUUAUUUCGGCUACUAUAACUCCAAUCGCUGCCUUCAAAAAGGAUUGGAUUUUUGGCCAAUUCUUAUGCUCUUUUGCACCCUUUGUUGCGGGAGGGAGUUUGUGUUUCUCUACAUUCACUUUGGCGGCUAUUUCCGUGGACCGUUUCCUUUUAAUACUUUUUCCCACGAGAAAGGCUUUCUCGCAUACGCAAGCUUUAUUUAUAAUUCUUGUCACGUUUCUGUUGGCUAGUGGGUUUAGUUUACCAAUGUUGUUCAUGCAAAAGUUAAAACCAGUAACACAUUAUUGUGGCCGAUUUUGUUUCGAGGAUUGGGGUGAGAUGAUUGGAAUAAGAAGAAUCUAUGGAACUUUAUUGCUAACCGUCCAAUUCAUUAUUCCGUUAGCAUUGAUCACUUUCUGUUAUACAGCAAUUUCAUUCCGACUUGGAAAAAGCGUGAAUCUACGUACUAGAAAGAAAUGUGAAUGGCAAAUGCCUAUUAGUGCUCAACGAAGCGCGGCCACAAAGCGAAGACAACGAACUAACCGAAUGUUUAUUGCAAUGGUAAUUGCCUUUUCGGUGAGCUGGGUAUGGUCGGUUCUAUAUAAUCUGUUACGAGACUAUGACGGUCUUCCCAAGUUUGUACAUGAUCAAGAAUUCUUUUUUGGAAUAUUAACACACUGUAUUGCAAUGAGCUCCACGGUAUGGAAUCCGAUUUUAUAUGCUUUAUUAAAUCUACAGCUAAGGGCAGCCUUUCUACAACUUGUGCCACAAUGUAUUAAGCAUUCUCUGACUUGCACUUGUAGUCCUAGUAAAGGAAGAUUAAGCGGUCGAUCAGUUGCCAGAUGUGCCUACCUUGAAGAGAGCCGGCUUCUUGGUUCCUCAGUUCUUCGCGGAACAACCGGGCAAGUACAGAGAAAAGAAACGAAUUAUGAAAAUAAGAACUGUUUUAAUUGUUUGAUUGGCUCCUCUAGAUCCGUUGAAUCUUCUUCAAACGAAACACAGAAGCAAACGUUUUCUGUUAAAUGUGGAGAAAAUAAAUUAGAUGCUAAAAUUUUGGUACUAAAUUUUUUCUUUCAAAACGAAUUAAAAUUCCAGUCACAUAAUCACCAUCGGCAUCAAUUAGAAAGAAUAACAGCGGACGGCGGAUUUGACGAGCAAACAUGGACAGAGCAACUGAGGAAGGAUUCUGAAGAUGAUGCCUUAGAUAAUUGUAAUGAUGAUUUGAGAGAAAGAGAUACAGAUGAGAGGAUAUGA